GUGGUGUCACGACUGCAUAGUCACGAUAAUAAUUGAUAAUUGGCAAAAAUAGAGCAACAGCAUCAAGUACAGUAACAUUUUAAAUUGACAUGAAUAUAAUCUCAACUACGAUCAUUCGUCAAAAGUGCAAAUAAAUUAAAGACGUCAGAAAAAAAGUAAACAUUAUUUAUGGAUAGACUCAGGCGACUUGAGAUACAAUCAAUGACCUUCAAUUAAAACCAUAACCUCACGUUUGAAUUUUAACCUACAAUUCAGUCGUUCAAAAAUUUAACCAUUUCAGAAAAAGUGUUUACUGAUUUUCUCAAAUAAUUUUGAAAUGGCUCGACCAGCAGGUUAUUCUAGUGAUGAGGACGACUAUGACUCCUUUGGUGAAGAUGACUUUGACGAGCCCCCAUUUAUUCAAAGAAAUCUUAACCCCGAAGAAGAGCAUGAACAGAGAUUGGAUAGCUUAUUUUUUGCUAUAAUGCGAGACGACCUCGAAACAGUAAAUCAGCUAUUAGAUGAGGGUUUAGAUAUUACUGUUACUGUAAGAGACAAUUGGAAUCUCAUUAUGUUAGCUGCGUCUACAGGGGCUGUUGCUAUAGUGCAAGAAUUGAUAAAUAGAGGUGCAGAUGUUAGUUGUAAUAGAGAUAAAUACACAACUUUAAUGGCUGCUUGUAGUUGUCCUUCAUCAACAGCUCCUUAUGAAAAAUCUGCUCAAAUUGCAAAAUUGCUGGUAGAGCAUGGUGCAGAUGUAAAUGCAAUUUCUAGAAAACGAAUGACUCCUUUAAUGUAUGCAGCUAGCAAUGGAAAUGUGGAAAUAGUCCAACAGUUACUUCCUCUUUGUGAUAAAGAUGCAGAAGAUAAUCAAGGAUGGACAGCAUUAUUUUGGGCUGUAAAUGAUAACCAUGCAGAGGUAGUUAAAGUUCUACUUGAAGCAGGUUUAAACCCAGAAAAGAAUGAUAUAAGAAGUAAUUCACUUUUACACUAUGCUACCAUGAAUGAUGCAGACGAUAUAAAAGAACUUUUACCUACAAAACAACAAAUACAAACUGUAGAAGAUGUUUUUAAAAACUCAAGUUACAAUUUUGAAGAGGAGUUUGAGAAUCUCAAAGAAAACGAAAGGCCAAUAUUUUUCCGUGAUGUUUGUGUGAUGUUGUAUGGAAUGAGAUGUGAACAACUUAUCAACAUCUUUUCUAAAAGGAAUGUAGAUUUGCUUACUUUUGUGACCCUUAAUGAGAAAAAACUCCAAGAUUUAGAUGUCAUAUUGCCCUACCAAAGAAAGAAAGUAAUGAUAGGGCUUUAUAAGUUUCAUAAGUAUCCUUAUCGGGCCAAAUCAAUACCUAUUGUCUCCAAAAACGAAAUAUACAGCACUAUAGACUUCUCGAAUGCCUUAAUAUCAGCAGUGCGUCAAAUAACAACCAUGGAAGGAGCUGUAGUUUAUAUGAAAUCACAAAUUUCAGAACCUCUUUUUGAUAAGCAAAUUGAGAACAGUAUUGUGCAAAUUCAGACAAAACUUAAAAGUGUAAAAAGGUUAUCAAAUAUGCUCUUAAAAAAGGCAAAAGAGUGGGAUCAAAUGACAAGUUCUGCAGAUCUUAUCACGAAAAAUUCAUUAAAAAAGAGAAAAUUGUACAAACGAUGGAUAUUAUUCUUUGGAAUUUUAACAGUCUCGUUUUUUAUUAGCAAAAGAUCAGUGUUCAAUUAAAAAUUGUUCUGAAGUAUGAUAAUGUAAUGUGCCUUUAUAUUUUUUUAAUAAAUACCUAAGUUUUU